AUGAAGCCACUGGAGUUACAAUCCGAGGCACGCGAGAAGCUUCUCUCUCAAAAAUAUUGGGGGUUCGACAGAGUUUCCUAUGCCCGGAGGGUGUGCUACAGUGGAGGAGGCGGCGGCGGCGGCGACAAUGCCACUCCAGGGACAUCUGGCCGGCUGUCCGAGCUGUUUUGGCCGGCCCGGGUGCACGUCGCUGGCGUUAUUGGGCGAGCUCUGGAACGGGGGCGGUCGUCGGAUUCGCUGGAGCUGGAGAGGCUCCAAGUCGACCUGGACCCCUUUGUUGUCAACCGGGUGCUCCGGAGCGUGUCGGACUCAGAGACGGCAGUGCGGUUCUACUGGUGGGCAGAGUCCAGGCCUGGGUUUGAUCACACCCAGUUCGCGAUAGCCUACAUUGUCAGCCUGCUGUUUAUAGACAGCAACUUUUUCCUGCUGUCGGAGUUCCUUGAGAGAGUGAGGAGUCAGGGAGUGGCAUUGCAUCGCUCUCUCUAUCGGAUCCUCUUGUCGGGCUAUGUCAGGGCAGGCAAGUUCGAUUCCGUGAUCCAGACAUUUGAUGAGAUGGUUACGUCUGGAUGCCGUGAGUUUGGUGUGGACUACAACAGGUUCAUUGGUGUGCUAGUUAAGAAUUGCUGCUUUGAUUUGGUUGAGAAGUAUUAUGGCGUGGCACUUGAUAAAGGUUUUUGCUUGACUUCAUUCACUUAUUCGAGGUGGAUAUCUGCACUGUGCCAAUCAGACAGGAUUGAGCUCGUAGAGAGACUCCUGGCUGAUAUGGACAAGUUUGGGUGUUUUCCAGAUAUUUGGGCAUGUAACAUAUAUGUUGACUAUUUAUGUAAGCAAAAUAGGUUGCAUGAUGCUUUGAAGAUGCUUGAUAAUAUGGAGAUGAGAGGAACCAGUCCAGAUGUUGUCACUUACACAACAGUGGUUGGAUGUUUAUGUGAUAAUAAGCAGUUUGCAGAAGCGGUCGAGCUUUGGGAAGAAAUGGUGAGGAGGGGCCUUAAACCUGAUAUCAUUGCCUGUGGAGUAUUGAUAUUUGGGUUGUGCAAGAGUGAUAAGGUUGACGAGGCUUUUGAGCUGGCAUUGAGGAUGCUGAGUCUUAAUUUAGAACUCAAUGUCUGUAUUUACAAUGCCCUGAUAAGUGGCUUCUUGAGAUCCGGAAGCAUUAAUAAAGCCUUCAAAAUCAUAUCCUUCAUGCGGACAAAUGGGUGUGAGCCAGAUGUUGUCACAUAUAAUAUCCGUUUGAACUAUUACUGCGAUGCAGGUAUGAUAAAGGAAGCUGAAAAGUUGAUCGAGGAGAUGGAAAUGAGUGGGGUAGUAAAUCCUGAUCGGUACAGCUAUAAUCAAAUGUUAAAAGGAUUGUGCAAAGCUCAUCAAUUGGACAGGGCAUUUGGUUUUGUUUCAGAUCAUAUGGAGGUUGGUGGGUUCUGUGAUAUUGUAUCUUGUAACAUACUGAUUGACGCAUUUUGCAAGGCAAAGAAAGUAACUUCUGCAUUGAAGCUGUUCAAAGAAAUGGGUUAUAAGGGAAUACAAGCAGAUGCAGUGACAUAUGGAACUCUAAUUAAUGGUCUCUACGGUGUAGGAUACUACAACCUAGCUGAAGAAAUUUUUGAGCAGAUGCUGAAAGCUCAAGUUGUUCCAAAUGUUAAUCUGUAUAAUAUUAUGCUCCAUAACCUAUGUAAAGCUGGUCAGUUUGAACAGGCUCAGAAAAUUUUCUUGCAGAUGAUUCAGAAGGAAGUGUCGCCAGAUAUUAUUACUUUUAACACGCUCAUAUAUUGGCUCGGGAAAAGCUCAAGGGCAAUUGAAGCUGUUGAUCUGUUCAGGGAUAUGAGGGCUAGAGGGGUAGAACCUGAUAGCUUGACAUUUAGGUAUUUGAUCAGUGGCCUCCUAGAGGAGGGGAAAGCUACACUGGCUUAUGAGGUAUGGGAAUAUAUGAUGGAGAAUGGCAUAAUUCUCGACAGAGAUGUUUCUGACAGGCUGAUAACUGGACCUGGACCAGACCCAAAAGCAGACACACUAGAGAAACAGUGGACAAGGCAUCGUCUUCAGUACUUUGACACCAAAGCAUGA